AUGGUUAAGAAAGUACUUCUCAUUAAUGGUCCCAAUCUUAAUUUGUUAGGUACCAGAGAGCCAGAAAAAUAUGGUACCACAUCCCUUUCAGAUAUUGAACAAGCUGCUAUCGAACAAGCAAAAUUGAAGAAUAAUGACUCUGAGGUCUUGGUAUUUCAAAGCAAUACAGAAGGUUUUAUAAUUGAUAGAAUACAUGAGGCAAAACGCCAGGGUGUCGGUUUUGUUGUGAUAAAUGCUGGUGCUUAUACACAUACAUCGGUUGGAAUAAGAGAUGCCUUGUUGGGAACAGCAAUCCCAUUCAUCGAAGUCCACAUUACCAAUGUCCAUCAAAGAGAACCAUUCAGACACCAAAGUUAUUUGAGUGAUAAAGCUGUUGCUGUUAUUUGUGGUUUAGGUGUUUAUGGUUACACGGCAGCCAUUGAAUAUGCGUUGAACUACUAG